AUGAGAAAUAGGAAUGCUUCAACUGUUAAUUAUUUGAAAAAAAAGAAAAAUGAAUUCUUUCGUAUAUCUAAAAAAUUUUUUUCUUGGUAAAUUUAUAAUGUUACCACUCAAAUAUAGUUAAUUUACUUAGUGGUUGCUCUGCUUUGUUUUAUUGAUAUUAUAGUCGCGAUUGUAAUGGGAGUUAAAGCUUGGUACAUAUAUCUUCUUUCUAUAAUAUAAAUAAUAUAAGCCUUAUUUGUUAUAGUAGCAGUACACUUUUAUCCCUUAAAAUAUGAAAGCCUCAACCUACUUGGCUGUAUUAUCAUUCACACAAUAUGGAGCAUUUAGUAAACUUUAAUAAAUACUGUAAAUUAAGCUGAUAAUUCAAAUUCAUAUCAAACUUCUUAUUACAAAGGAGAGAAAAGAGAGAGCUUAGGUUAUGUAUUAGGUAUUCUAAGCUAUUUAAUGAUUCAAAAUACAAGUAAUUUUAAUGUUAAAUGUAUUUUACUGGCAUAUAAUUUUGUUUUGUAUUGUGCUUUUAACAACUUGGCACUUUACAAUAUUUAAUAUAUUAUUGCUAUUUUUUUUUGCGCAUGCUACAAUCUUUACUGCGAUGAAUAAGGUAGAGAAUAGCUAAUUCGCGAAGCUGAGUGGAUGUUUAAAUUAAAAAAUGUCAUACCAAAUUCUCUGCUUGUUGUGUAGUUUGAUAGAAAGAAAAAGGACAUUGAUUUGCAUAUGUCUAAUGAAAAGGCCAGACAUGUAUUUAAUUUAAAUGGGACUACUUUAAAUUUUAUAGAUUUUUGUCAGCAUGUUACUAUCCAAAAAAAGAUAAAAGAAGAAGUUAACGAUACAUUAUUUUAUCUUGAGUAGUCGAAUCAUAAAAGCAAUAAAAGUGGAGUUGGGAUAGUAAACUCACUACACGAAAGCAGAGCUCCAAAUUCCCAAUAUAAAUAAAAAGAAAUUACGCUCCAGAAAAAAACUAAUUUAUACGAGUUUCUCAUUCAAAGGUUUUAAUAACUUGAUGAUGAGUUACUACAAAAAGAAAUUCUGCGUUAAAGUUCUCUACAAUCAAAUGACAAAAAAUCUACAAAAACUAACUUGGCUGCAGGACUUCCAGUGAACUAAUAAGGUAAUAAUGUAACAGAGUUUACAAAUAAAAUUGGAGGAUAAUAAGCAUCGAAAUCUUUUUUUGGGUAAUCUAAAACAUUAAUAAACAUGAUGACUUCAUAGAAAUCACAAAGAAAAAUGAUGAUGCCACACCAUCCGUCAAUCAGAUAUAAAGACUAUUCUAAAAAAUUUGAAGAAUACAAAUGCGUUUACCAUAGGAAUUCAUAAUUAGCUCAUCAAUAGCAAUCACCCUAACUAAUUAACUAAUAAAGCAACAAAUUAUACAUAGAGGAGGAUAUUAGUGAUGUUAAAUUCACUAUGAAAAUAUCUAUUUAUGUUUGUAUAGAUGACUAUUUUAUUGUCAUGUCUUUAGACGACUCUAACAUUUCAGAAAAAUUUUAGAAUCAAACACGCCUUUCAUUUUUCUAUGAAGAGUUUUGUAAGCAAUCACUCCUUAAGUCUACAGACCAAGUAGUUUAACUUGUGUAAGAAAUAAAAUAGAUUACAAAGCAGUGUCAAAUAAUCACUGAGCUCGACGUAAGCAGAUUUAUAAAUAGUAAUUUAUAUCUUGCUGAAUCUGGAUUAUCUAAUAACUUAAAACCUACAAACUCAAAUUAGAAUAUUCCUUAACCAACUUAAACAACAUAAAACACAGCUGGAAAUGCAGUCAACGGGAGUCACUUGACGAACCCUACUUCAACUUCUUAGAAAGGUGUAUAUUGCAUACCUAAAAGGUAACUUGAUAACGCAUUGCAAAGUGGUAUCCUAGCAACAACUGUCAUAAGUAAUUUUGUAAACUACUUUGCACUCCGAUAUAAAAAAAGAACACAAAUAGAUGAGAAACCUUUUUCUAUUAUACGAGUUAUUAGGAAUGUAUAAAGAAUAUUCUAAAAAUAAAUAGACUGUAAAUCUAUUCAAGUCUUAAUUAACUCUCAGGAGUCUCACUUUAGUAAUCCCAACUCUAAUAUUAAUGUGAAUAGCAACUUAAAUAACCAUAUCUCUUCUGACAUUCGUGUAUUUAUUAACAAUUAAAAUAACUAAGCCAAUUCUAACAACCACAACACUUCAAUUAUAAACAUAAACAAUUUAAACAAUAAUUCUGCUAUGAACAAUAACUUAAACAGUAGCAAUAUUUAAUAAAAUAUGAGCUUUAGCAAUAUAAGCUCUACAGUUAUAAAUCAUUUAAGUAGUAGCAAAGAUAAUUUUAAUGUUCAAUAAAAUUAUAAUAAUAAUAACAACAACAACAUUAACCACAACAACAACAAUAUCUCUAUAAGAGAAAUUACUAAUUAAUAGCCAACUUUUUAAAAUAAUACAUACACAAAUUAACUUAUAGCUUACCAAGUCAAUUAAAAGUAAUAAUGUGAUGAGAUAACUAACGAUGAAGCAAAGCUACAACACCUUAUUUUCAAUUUAUUUUAAAAUGCAGUAGAAAAUACACCAAUGCAUGGAACUAUAGCAUUUCUUAUAUAAAGAGAUUAAUAAUUAGAUAAUUGUAUAAAGAUUCGUAUUCGUAACAAAUGCCAUAAAAAUUUCAAUUUUCCUUUCCUCGAGCUAGAAGAAGAAGGAAUAAAUCUAGGUUGGAAAUAAAUGGCUUAAGAGUUUGAUUAAAAUGGAAAAAUUUUUUUUGGAAUCAGAAUGGCAGCAAAGCUAUCUUAACUCAUAGGACCUUAUAAUUCUCUAAAAUUCAAGGAAAUUAAUAGCUCCGAGCUAUAAGCUGAAUUUCUUAUUUAUGACUAUUCCUAUGAAAAAGGUAUUUUUAAUCAAAACUCUAGUACCUAUAAAUCUUAUGAAUCCUCCAGCUAUUUAGCAAGUGAAAAAAUGAGCUAAGAAGUUAAGCCUAAGCGUAAAUCAACUAAAUAAAGAUGUAACUCUGUAAGUUCCUAUAGAGUUAGAUUAGACUCUAUGGAUUCCUUUGAUAAAUGGAUAAAAAUGUAAAAUCUGGAAUCUUAGAAAGGCUCAAACACACUUCGAAUACGCAAUCAAUUAAAAUAUAAAAACUGA